AUAGAGAGAGAUAAGUGAGAGAAAAUGGUGAGAUCUUCGUGCUGCUGGAGGCCCGGACUGAAGAAAGGGCCAUGGACGCCUGAAGAAGACCAGAUACUCAUCUCCUACGUCCAGAAACACGGCCACCCUAACUGGCGAGCUCUCCCCAAGCAUGCCGGGCUGUUGAGAUGUGGGAAGAGCUGCAGGCUCCGGUGGACCAACUACUUGAGGCCGGACAUAAAGAGGGGCAACUUCAGCUCCGAGGAAGAGGAUUCCAUCAUCAAGUUGCAUGAAAUGCUGGGUAAUAGGUGGUCAGCGAUUGCAGCAAAAUUACCUGGACGUACGGACAACGAGAUUAAGAACGUCCGGCACACCCACUUGAAGAAGAGAGUUAAGCAGAAGCAAGCCAGCCACCACCCGAGCACCCCGUCCGCCUCCGCCCUUGCCGCCACGGCCACCUUAUCCGACAAUUCUAGCAUCUUCAAUGACCCCCUGGAACCAAAAGAUUCAAACCGCUCGAGACCGCCCGGAUUCGAAAGCCCUCUGUAUGCUCAAACAUCAUCGCCUCCACGAUCUUCUAGCGAAGUUUCUUACAACACGGACCCCAUGAUGGCCAACGCGGAACCGAACUAUGACCUUGACGCCCUCAUUGUUGAUCAAAACCUGAUCGAGACCAUCGAAUCAGUCCCGGAUUUAUGGUCGGAUCCAAUCUCGACUGAUUCCUAUGUCAGCUUGCCAUCAGAUUUCGCAGAAUUUAUUAGCAGUGACGAUCAAGCUCCACAAGUCGAACUUCCCUUGGACAAAACUAUUGACGACUUGCAAUUUUGGCCUGAACUCGAAGGCAUGCCAUCAGAUUUUGGCCACCCCAAUGGAGUGCAACAACAUGAGUUCCCUUGGGAUGUGACGGAUCAAUUCGAACUGUGGAGCGGCGAUAGCAAUUCGAUGACCGACGACAGCGUGGAGCAUUUCUGGUACGAUCUUUUGGCGAGAGCUGGAGGUUCAGAAGAACUACUGUUCCCAUAAAUUAAUUAGCACAAGCGAAGAGAGUCUGCUUGGAGUCCAAAACGAAGAAAUGAUCUCGCCACCUUUAUUUUUGACGAGAAUUGAUGGCUUCGAGAUGGAACAAGGUGUUGACUCUUUGGAGCAUGU